AUGAACCCCGAAGAAAGCGUGCAGGAUGGUGCUUCUAGCCAAGUUACAGAUAAAAAUGAGAUCCAGGCGCAUGAAUUCCGUAACGUUAAAUUGCCAGCGUUUUGGAGAGAGGAACCUCGUCUAUGGUUUAUCCUUCUUGAGAGGGAAUUCGCUGCGUAUACGAUUCGAAAAGAUGCGGUUAAAAGCUCGGCAGUGUUACGAGAUUUAGACGUAGAGUCGAUGAAAUUAAUACUAGACGUGCUGGAAUCCCCGACGGAAGAGAGUUCAUACGAGAACAUCAAGAAAGCAUUAAUCGAGCGUCUAGAAAAAUCUGAAGAAGCCAAGUUGUGUCAGCUUCUCACAGGAGUUGAGCUAGGUAGUAAAAAACCAUCGGAGUUGUUAAGGGAGAUGACUCGAUUGGCAGGUGCUAGUGUUAGUGAGAAAGCUCUUCGCACUUUGUGGAUACAAAGAUUGCCGAAUAGAAUACAGGAAAUUCUGGCAAUAAUAGACGACGCACCAAUGGAUCGUUUAGCCAAGAUGGCGGAUAAGACAAUGGAACGCGCUGGAACAGCAGAAAUGAUCGCCAUUGCAGGAUCUUCAAAAGAAACGACGGUUAACAGCGUUUCACAAAGGACAUCGACGGUUCCAAAGAGGAAGGAGCGAAUCCGCGAGCUCUACAAGGGAAAAUGGUCUUUGUUACUACCACGACAAAUUCCGAGAGAAUUCCUGGAAAUGCAAGAACCCUUGCUCAUGGACGGGACCAGAUCAGAGGAAGACGACAGCGCAGCAGGAAAAUUAAUAAGUCCGUCUCAAAUUGAGGCGCUUUUAGGACACAAGAAGUGCCGUCUCAUCAUACGCGACAUACGGACGAAAAUCGAGUUUUUAGUUGAUACUGGCGCAGAUGUUUCCGUCCUUCUUAAAGUUUUUGGAGGUAAAAAUGCGAAAGUAGAUGCGUUCAAACUGUAUGUAGGAAACGGUACAGCUAUCGAUACUUUCGGUGAAAAACUAUAA